AUGAAUGAUAAAGAUUUGCCACCUCCGCAGCAUCAAGUGUUCAUCAAUUUCCGUGGAGUUGAUGUUCGCAAUGGCUUCCUUGGACAUCUGGAGGGUAGCUUGAAAAGACGCGGGAUUAACUUUUUCAUCGAUACAUACGAAAUUAAAGGUGAAGAAAUCAGCAAACUUUUCAAGAGGAUCGAAGAUUCAAGAAUCGCGCUAGCUGUGUUCUCCCGGAGGUACACAGAAUCAGUAUGGUGCUUGGACGAGUUAGCAAAGAUCAAGGAGCGUGUAGAUCUAGGCAUGCUCAAGGUACUUCCCAUCUUCUACAAGAUAAAGACCGGUGACGUCAAACAACUCGAGGGAAAUUUUGGAGACAAAUUGAGGGAACAAAAGCGGAAGAUUCCGUUGGAGAAACAAAGAUAUAAGAAAUGGAAGGCGGCAUUGGAGUCUAUUUCUGUUCAGUCAGAAUCUUGUUCCAGUUGGCCCUGUGACAUUCAUAGCUUUAAGCCUCUAUCUGGACCGGGCGGGUCUAGUUACAGUGUAUCGAGCCUUAGUGUAUCGACAUCUGUUGAUGGUGGUCCAGUUUCUACUACAGAGAAAGUGUGGUAUUCAACUCCAGACACUACGGCGAACACACCUGACUUCUUGCCAAUGGAGAAUUUAUCGUUUGGAGAUAUUGUCAAGCACAUGCAUGAUGAUACCUGGUCUUCACGAAUGCUUGGCUCCAGUUCAAAAUGA